AUGCCCACCGAAGGACCAACAUUGGACGACCGCGGUCUCGCGACACUUUCCCGAUCGUCGCGAAUUGAUCAAUUUCUGGCGGGAAAUGGUGGACCACCAACUUCACCCACCAUCCGAGGAUCUUCCGGUGGUUCCGGCAGUGGCAGUGCGCGGACGCCAUCCUCCUCUUCCAGCGGGUAUGAAAGUCAGCUAGCGUUCCAGCAUCACAUGAUGGCGUCCGGGGGUGGACCACCGCCCCAGCAUCAUGGUCGUGAAAGUUCCGCCUUUGUGCCAGUGCUGCCCUCGCGAGCGCUAAGGCCCAGCCUUUAUCCGGGCGUUUUGGACGGUCCGCCCGAUGGCCUUUCGAAGGAGGGCGUGCCGAAGCGUGGUUCCAGCUACGAACUGAUGGCUAUGAUGGCCGACAAGCGGAAGGAACUCGCGCUCAGAGAAGCGGCCGCGGCGGCUAUGCUUCUACCCCGGGGUGGACCACCGGUACAGUCUCCUUCGGGUAUUUAUCCACCGCCCGGUGCCUUCCUGGGCGGACCCGGACCUUCACCUACGUCGGCCGGUACGUUCACGUUUCCACCGGCGGGUGUUGGGCUAUAUCCACCGGGUGUUCCACCCGGCAUGCAUGCCGGGCUCGAUCGAAGGCUGUUGCGAGCGCCCGGACGUGCGUCGCGACCGAAGAAACAGUUCAUCUGCAAGUUCUGCAACCGCCAGUUCACCAAAUCGUACAACCUGCUUAUCCACGAGCGGACACACACGGACGAGCGGCCCUACUCGUGUGACAUCUGUUUGAAAGCUUUUCGAAGACAGGAUCAUCUACGCGAUCACAGAUACAUCCACUCGAAGGAAAAGCCAUUCAAAUGCACCGAAUGUGGCAAGGGUUUCUGCCAGUCGCGAACACUUGCCGUACACAAGAUCCUGCACAUGGAGGAAUCGCCCCACAAGUGUCCGGUGUGCAAUCGGAGCUUCAAUCAGCGCUCCAACCUGAAAACACACCUACUCACCCACACGGAUCACAAGCCGUACGAGUGCAACUCGUGCGGGAAAGUCUUCCGCCGGAACUGUGACCUACGGCGCCAUGCACUGACGCACACCGUCGGGGACGUCCCGUCGGAAGCGCUCGAUGUCGGGGUGGACGAUGACGGCCAUCAGCUGAGCGGCGACGAAGACGAAUCGGUACUGGAGGUGGACUCACCCGUACACUCACCGGCGGGACGGCAUCGUUCGGUAUCGCCACCGCUCGAUAUGCCCGUGUCAGCCGAGCUGGACGAUGACGAGCGGGAGGAAGACGAACGGCAACCGGAACGGAACGCACGUCGAGCCGCGCACGACGACGAUGAAGAGGACGAUGAGGACGAGGAGGAAGACGAUCUGAUCAGUGUGGCGGGCCACGAACCCGACCCUACACCGGUUGUACAGUGUCACCAUGAACGGCCGAUGGGUUCGAAGAGCCCGUACACGAUGCGUCCACAGUACGAUCACGGUAGUCGCUCGUCGAUGUCUUCCCAAUCUUCGCACCAUUCCAGCUCGAUGCAUCCCUCGGUACACGGUGAAGAUUCGCGUGAUAGUGGACUGCUCACAUUGCCACACCCGUCCACGCACGCACCAGAUGUCUUCGUUCCGAUGCUGCACGUGAGACGUGAUCUCCACCACAAGAUGGGACUGAUCGGACGUGCGUCAGCCACCAUCACAAGUGGUGCCAGUGGAGGGCUUCUGGACAAUGGCGGCAGUUUCCUCAGCCACAUUCCACUGCGCAAACGAGCGAUGGGUCCCGACGGAGAACCUCAUCCUAUAAUGAGCCGCGGUCUGCAUAUGGCCCCCAAUGGACGUGGACAUCACAAGAGCCAUCUGGUGGAGGAUGUACACUCUGGACCACCGGAUUCACCACACCAUGAACCGAUACCACUGAUAUCUCCCUCUGUGCCGUCUGCCUCACCGGUACUUCUUUCACCUCAUCUUCCGCCGGGUCUGGCACUUCCACCGCCACCACCUCCUCCAGCACUACCCAGCACGAUGGCAGUACCGAUCAAUUUGGCGAACCUGUCCAACCUACCCGUCGUGUUACCGCCAACAGCCACUUCAACCAGCUCAGUAGCUGGCAGCGGGGCUAGUAGCAGUUCAGCAGCCUCACCACACCUCCAUCAUCCUGUUGUGGUGCCAUCUCAAGUGACAUCCUCCAGUACAUCGAAAGGUUCCGCCGCAACCACUGCUUCUACGUCUGCAACGAGCAGCGCACCUCAGGGGGUACCAGCACCACAGCAACCGCCACGCAAGACGGGAUUCAGCAUAGAGGACAUCAUGCGUCGCUAG